AUGUCAACAGCUACAGCCCGUCCAGCCCCAGGAGAAACGAGCCUCGCGGCCCUCCUCUCGACACUCAAAACAGCACUCAAACCGGACACUUUUGUCUUCCUCACCCUUCCCGGUGGACAAUCACCUCCGCCAUCACUCUUUGUCCAGAUGCUAUUCCGAGAGGACGAGGGGUUGACCGUCAUCACGACACAAGACUCGGCCGAGGCUCAUAAGCUGGAGUACAUAUUUCCUUCCAAGAUGAUCACCUUAGAUUUACAUUCAAGCUUGGAAGCAGUAGGAUUCAUGGCUGCAAUCAGCGCGAAGUUGACUGAGAGUGGCAUCGGCGUCAACCCUGUCAGCGGGUUUUUGUGA